AUGUCAUCGGUUGACGGCGAUUUCGACGACGAUAGAAGUGGCGUGCCCAAGUACGGUUGGAAGGUGGAUUUUGAUCACCAGUUCCCCGACCCUAGAACGCCGUCUUACAUGCCGAGGGUCAAGCAGAUCUUGCAGUUGCUACCACUGAUCGUUAGGUAUUUAUUUUAUAUGCUGUUAUGUUUUUUAAAAGGCCAGAAACCAAUAAUGGAUUUUUUAUUUCCAAUUAAGUCUAAGCACAUGUAUGGUGUACCUUUGGGUGGUAUUGGAGGUGGAACCAUAGGCCGUGGCUUUAAAGGAGAGUUUUGUCGCUAUCAAGUUGUACCUGGCAUGUAUGAAUAUGAAACUGUUCAAGCAAAUCAGUUCAUAGUUAAUAUUCAAAAUAGUGAAAAUAUUACUGUAUACAAUAAUGUUUUAUCAUGUUUGAAGUGUAACAAUAAAACAUUGUACAAUUGGAAAUGGGAUUUUCCAUCAAAUCAAUGCAAGUACACCGGCCUUUAUCCAAGAUCAUGGACCGAGUAUUUGAUUCCAGAAUUAAAUAUCAAACUAAUUUGCAAGCAAAUUUCACCCAUUAUUCCACAUAACUAUAAAGAUAGUUGUAUCCCAGGUGGUGUUUUUAUAUGGACAGUAGAAAAUAAUAGCAAUAAACAAUAUUCAGUUAGCCUAACGUUUACAUUUGCAAGUGGGAACGGCAUUUCAGCAUAUAAUACAGACCAAGCUAGCUGUGAACCGUUUAACUUAAACAAAGAUGGUAUUGAGGUUGCUGGUUCAUUGAUACACAAUUUUUUUAAAGAAAUGAAGUGUACUUAUGUUAUUGGAGGAUUAAUAAAAGAAGGUGCAACUUUUAGUCAAUUAAAUUUUGAUCCAAAAAGUAAUGGUAUGACUAUAUCAAAAAGUUUAAAUUUAUUUGGAGAAUUGAGAGAUAUGCAAUUAGGACAUAGUAAUAUAUACAUGAAAGAUGAAGAAGUUGCUAGUGCAGUUUGUUUAAAACAAUGUUUACUCCCUAACAGAUCAGUGACUUAUGAAUUUGGAUUAUUUAUAGAUAUGCCUAAAAUUAAGUUUCCUAAAUCAAAUACAGAAUAUUUCAGGUAUUAUACAAAAUUUUUUGACAAUAAUGGAACAGCUGGUCCUAAAAUAAUGCAUUACUCAAUGCAAAACUUUAAAAACUGGGAACAAGAAAUUGAAAAUUGGCAAAAUCCUAUUUUAAAUAAUCCAUUGUUACCUGACUGGUAUAAAAGUGCUAUAUUCAAUGAAGUUUAUUAUGUAGCUGAUGGCGGAACUGUUUGGUUGUUACCUCUCAAAGAAGAUUCUGAACGGUUAGAUGUUACAGAUCCAAGAUAUCAAUAUGGAUAUUUUGGGUACUUGGAAGGCCAUGAAUAUCGAAUGUACAAUACAUAUGAUGUACAUUUUUAUGCAUCUUUCACAUUAGCAAAACUGUGGCCUAAACUCCAGGCAAGUAUACAAUACAUGUUUAGAGAUACAAUUGAUAAUUCAUUGAAUAUUACAAGAAAAAACUUGUCCUGUGGUACUAAAGGCUUGCGAAAAUAUAAAUAUAGUGUACCGCAUGAUCUUGGUGAUCCAGAGGAAGACCCUUUUAACUUAGUGAAUGCUUAUUUAAUUCACGAUGUAUCAGAAUGGCGUGACCUUAAUUUAAAGUUUGUUUUACAAUGCUACAGAGAUUACAUUAUGUUUGGUGAUAUCAAAUAUUUAGCUGAUAUGUACCCUCAAAUAAAAAAUGUGAUGGAGAAAUCAUUGACUUGGGAUACUAAUGGUGAUGGAAUGAUUGAGAAUUCUGGAACAGCCGAUCAAACUUUUGAUACGUGGAUAAUGACUGGCAUAAGUGCAUAUUGUGGAGGUUUAUGGUUAGCUGCUCUUUAUUGCACUGUUCAAAUAUCAAAAAUUCUUAAACAAGAAGAUAUCAGUGAAAAAUAUUCAUCUAUAUUAAAUAAAGCUAAGGAAUCAUUCAAUGCUGCUUUAUGGAAUGGUGAAUAUUUCGAUUUUGAUUCAUCUGGUCAGUAUCAUUCAAAAUCAAUUAUGGCUGAUCAAUUAUGUGGGGAAUGGUAUUUAAAAUGUUGUGGUGUAAAUGAAGAGGUGCUACCAGUUGACAGAGUCAAAAAAGCUCUCCAGACAAUUUACAAGAUGAAUGUGCUUGGAUUCAAUGGUGGAAAAAUGGGAGCUGUGAAUGGUAUGAUGCCUGAUGGAAAUGUAGACAUGUAUACUAUUCAAAGUGAAGAAGUUUGGACAGGAGUUACUUAUGCUUUGUCAUCUUUAAUGAUUUCUCAUGGCUUGCGUGAAGAAGGUUUUAACACAGCAAAGGGUAUUUAUAAUACUAUUUAUAAUAAUAUAGGAAUGGCAUAUCAGACACCAGAAGCUAUUUAUUCUAAAAAUGCAUAUCGUUCUGUUGGUUACAUGAGACCUCUGAGUAUAUGGUCUAUUCAAAUUGCAUUGGAUAAUUUAAACAAAGACUAAUUAUUAAGAUAGUAUUACAUUUAUGUUCAAUUUUGUAUGAUGCGCUAAAUGUAAAAAUAUUUUUAAAUACAUAGCACAUGUAUUACAUAUGUAAA